AGCAGGCUGUCCUUACACAGAACAGAGAUUAGACUAAUUAGACACAGGUUAGAGACAAAUAAAAGAGACUGGCACGAAGAUCAAAUGCACAUAAUGAAAAAAACAAGCAUGAUUCAGAAAUAGUACAGAGUUAAAUAAGGUGAUUGGAGAUACGUGCAGCAUGCUGAAAUUCUAUAUAUUGUGUCAGAGACUUCCUAUUAUUCAAGCUGUUUUUUCCCCUCAUUCACACGCAACUUAUUUCCUCUUUUCUGACAAAGAACAUAACCAAGGUACAAUGAGGAACGAGUUAGGUUCAAGAGAAAGAAGGUGAGGGCUGAACAGGGAAGAGUGGAAUCUGUUUUGGUGACCGUCACAAAUUGAGGAAACACAGAACACUGAAGACGAACCAACAGGAGGAAACCAGCUGCAGUUCAACCAGUCAGACUAAACCAGCAUCCAAAACCAACAAAAUGAAGAGUUGUCUGCUUGUCAUCUUCUCACUGAUGACAGGUAUUAAAGCCUCAGAUGAGGUGACAGUAUGUGCACGAGGAUGGAUUCAAUUCAUCUGCAAAUAUCCUCAAGAAAAUAAAAAAUAUCGGUCGGUCGAAGUAUCAAUUCCAAAAGGAUGGCGUCUACAAACCCUUAAAACCAAUGUAUGGGAAAAUAUCGGCAGAUUUUCACUGUACCAUGACACUCUAAAUAAAAGCCUGAGGGUGGCCAUCAAACGUAUUAAACGUUCUGACAAUGGGGACUACAAGUGUACAUUUCUCCCACCAUCUAACGGUAAACAUGGAAAGAAAAUAGAGAUUGAUGAUGAUAUAAAACAAUGCCGAGGACCAGUUAUUUACACUGCAGGCAUAACAGCUAACAUCAUCAUCUCGUGUGACUCUAAACCACAGAAGCCCAAUAUUUUCUGCAAAGACAUCGACUGUACCUCUGAGGAUAUUUUAUCAAGCGAAUCUUCUAGAAAGUCAAAUGGGAGAUUCAUCUUCACACCCACAGCUGAUGGCUUCAGCGUGUCCAUCAGGAAUGUGUCCUCACAGGAUGCUGGAUUCUACUGGUGUGGAUUCGAGUCAGCUGACAGAACUUAUAGAGUUUCACUCACAAAAGUACGGCUGGACGUUAAAAAGCUUUCUACAGUGACAUCUUCAACUUCCUCAACCACACCAACUACUGACAGGAUUCAAGGUGGCUCUUGGUUAACUGCAGUCACAGCUGUGGCUGUUUGUGUAGCUGUGCUAGUUCUGGUGGUUGUUUUGGUCGUUGUCUACAAGCGAUUUGAGUGUUCAAAUAACAGCACAGAUGGAGACGCACCAAACAAAGAGGCUGUCUAUGAGGAGAUACAAGAGUCCUCCCUGAAGUCAGACCCAGGAAUUUCACUGAAAACAGUUUACAUGACUGCCACCUUUCCCACAAACCCCGCUGCCUUUAUGGAUUACUCCACAGUCAACUUUCAGAAUGGCUCUGGUGAAGUUACUGGUGACGUGUAUUCUACAGUGUUGGACAGCAGCCAGCAUCCCUCCUACUCCACAGUCAACCACCCAUCCAGAGUUUCCAAGGACCCUUUCCACUCUACAGUCAAGCAGCACUGAAGAAAGCAAGUCCAUUCAUUUUUACUGUGCAGUCUUUUUGAUUUUUUUCUUGCUAAUUCUAAACCAGCACAAAUAUAGAACUUAAACAGAUUUACUGAUUGUUCAUAAUCAAGUAAAGCAGUAACUGAUAUUUGACACAGAUGCGCAUUUGCAGAAAAAAUUAAAACUCAGAACGUCAGUUCCUGAUAAGGGCUGAUCACAGAAGUGAUUAACUAAGAGGUAUUGGCAUAAACUCACCCACUUCACUGGCCUGAAGUUAGCGAGCCUCAUACAAGUCUCUGUCACAGUGGUCCUUCACUAGCGAGACUCCCACAAUGCUCUCUGCUAGUAAACAUCUCCUCUGGUCAGUACAGGAAUGAACUAGAAAAGCACUCAGAGAGUGCAGUCCUCCUCCAAGGCUGCUCAUUCCCCCAUAUGGCAUUGUGGGAAAUGCAGCAUUUGUUUAUUAGUUAUUGAUGAUCAGAAAUCACGGCAGCAAAGAAUGUGUCCAUUUAAUAUAGAUGUACCCACAAACACAAUGACCUUGCGCUGAGCACAUGCAUGAGUUAUGCAUGUGUAUGUUAUGUACAGAUACAAAAUCGCAUGAUCUAAAUAUGUAGCAGGUGGCGGGAAUUGAUGGGACUCAGAAACAUCCCCACAAUUUAAUCACUAUUCCUUGGAUCAUUUCUGAUGGAUAAGUCCUGAUAAGUCCUCAGUGGUGGAUUUGUAGUAGGAUCACAAUCAUGUGAUCAUCAGCAGGCAGCUGACGUAGCAUUCACUUGUUGUCAUGGUUACAGUGACGCCGUGACGCUAUCUCACAACGAUACAGAAAUCUUUAACAAAUCCAUGGAUCCAGACUAUAAGCUGCAUCACUGCCAAAAUCUAAUCACUUGGUCCUUGUGUCAUUUCUCACCUUCCCUGAAUGUUUCAUCCAAAUCUGUCAGUUCGUUUUGAGUAAUGUUGCACACAGACAGACAGACAGACAGACAGAUUAACCAACACUGAUCAUCACAUAACUCCACCACGUUCCUUCACGGAGUAAAAACAGAGUGAUAUAAUAUGACAAACAAAACUCCUAAAUACGAAACAAAAAUAACAAUUGGAGACAGAAUUAACUCACUGAAGCAAAUAUAUAACAUCUAAACUAAAUCGUAUAAGUGAAAUUUAAGAAGCCAGGAGAGUCGCAUGGAAACUUCACACAGAUAGGCGACAGUGCUAAUCACUGCUCUUACCAUCUAAUAUAUCAGUGGAAUCACAUAUUGAUACAGUGGAGUGUGAUGGAAUACCAACUGGUGGAUUUACUGUUGUUACUUAAACUCUGCAGUUAGGAAAUCCGUCUGUCAGAUUGUAGCUGUGCAGUUGAGGUUUAAAGCUGGAUUUACAAGUAAGUGAAGAGGUUACAUCGCACCUACAGUGUCUGGUCUGAAAGGAACUGCACAUCUUGGUAAUAGCAUGUGGACACACUGAGCAUCUCUGACGACAGGGGAAAUUGCAGAAAGACUUUCAGCAGAACCUGUCAGAGCUGUUUACUGCAGUCAUGUUCAGUCACUUCAUAUAGACACAGUGAUUGCAUGACAGUCAUCUCCAUUUAGUAAUGAGACAAGAUAAGAUAAAUUAUCUAGUAUCAUGCAAACUGCAGUUCAAUAAGUAGAGACCAUCGUUCUGUAUCACAAAGUAAAUCUGGUAGAGGAGCACCAUACAGGCUGAUAAAUAACAUUUUUGUGAAAUUUGACUCAGCUAAUUUUAAAAACAACUAUACUUGUGACCACUAUAGAUUCAGCUUAACUGCAUCACUUCAGUUACAGUUUUUCUCAGUUGAUAAGAUACUGUUCCUGAAAAAUAGCACACAUUUCCCAACACUCUGCACACUGUUAUUUUAUUUGAACACAAUUCACAAAGCACUGCACACUUGUGUCGAGUGCACUUUAUUGUCAAAAUUUGAACUUUGUUUUCAAAAUUAAGACACACAAAGCAAAACUAGGACACUGCACUGCUAAAUACAAAACACUCUUCUCUCACUGUGUUUUCACAUGAAGUAUAAAAAACCGAUACAGUCCUCAAAAAUGACAACUUAAACACAAAUGCAUCCUAUAGAUGAAUCAGAGGUCAUUGCAGUGCCUGACUGUACAUUAUAAAAUAAAAAUAAUGUUAGACAACAAAUACAGCACUGUAUUGUCCACAGUACAGUAUGCAGAUAUUUACACCACGUCUGCAUCAAUUCUUUCAGCCUGGUCAGACCUCAGGACCUCAUCAACAUCACAAGCUGUGUUUUCUAUGGAAAGAAGGACCUAGUGUGUCUGAUCCAGCCCUGAUAUGCAUCAACAGAAACAUCACCACAUGCCAAGACCACUGAUUGAUGGAGAUUUUCCCAAAGUAUGGCUGCUGCUCAUAGACCUUCCACCUCCAUGUAGAGAAGAAUUCUUCUAUAGGAUUCAGAAAGGGAGAAUAUGGAGGCAGAAAAACCACAAUAACUUCAGGGUUCACACUGGACCAUUCCUGAAUCAAUAGUCCUCUAUGAAAACUAACAUUGUUCCAGAUGUAUUCAUGUGUAUCAUCAGAAUCCAAGUGAAAAACUCUCUGGAACAAACACACACAAAACAAAGAAAAAGUCAGUCAUGUACACUUUCUGUAACUUUACCAGCACUUGUGAACCAGAAUGUUGCAUUAGAUUUUUUACAGUAUUCUCAGAACAUUUCUGACUGCUUGUAUUGUUCCAGUAUAAACAUGUCACUGAAGUGACAAACAACAUUUACAUACAUGUAAAGUAAACCACAGUAAACCUGAAACCAUUUACUUUAUUCAUCCUUACCCUCUGAUGACCUUAACAACAGAUUAUAUUCUGAACAGCUAAUUCUGCUUCCCAGCAGGUUUUAUAGUGUGCAGUUCAUUGGUAAAAGUGUUUUCAGCUUUGACUUGUUGUGUCUUAAUUGUGACAGCAGUGUUGGAACAGUGUCCCAGUUCUGCUUCCUAGUGUUCACUUUUUGAAAAAUGUGUGCUAUGAGUGAAAAGUGUGUUCAAAUGAGCAAUAAACAUGUUCAGUCUUUAGCAAAAAGAGUGCAAGAGUUUUGGAAACUGUGUGCAAACCAUGAAUAGUGUCCAAAAUUUGGACAGCAGAGUCCUGUUUUUGAGAAAUGUGUGCAGUCAGUUGGAGGCUGUGUGCAGUGGAUGGAAUUUAGUGUCUUAUCAAUUGAGAAAAACUGUAAUAAGAAAAGCACUCAGAGAGCGUAGUAAUCCUCCAAGGCUGCUCAGUUGCUGUAUGAUUUCUGAUGGAUAUGUCCUGAUAAGUCCUCAAUGGUGGAUUUGUAGUAGGAUCACAAUCAUGUGAUCAUCAGCAGGCAGCUGACGUAGUGUUCACUUGUUGUCAUGGUUACAGUGACGCCAUGCUGCUAUCUCGCAAGGAUACAGAAAUCUUUAACAAAUCCAUGGAUCCAGACUAUAAGCUGCAUCACUGCCAAAAUCUAAUCACUUGGUCCUUGUGUCAUUUCUGACCUUCCCUGAAAAUCUGAUGCAAAUCCGUUGGUCUGUUUUGAGUAAUGUUGCUAACAGACAGACAGACAGACAAACCAACAUCAAUCGUCACAUAACUCCACACAUUCCUUGGUGAAGUAACAAUAGCAGGGUCCAGCUGCUAAAGCUAGAUACUGCAGCUGAUCUGUAAUAUUUAGAUAUUGGCAGACACUAAUGUUAAAUGACUCAGAGCAAAAUAACAAGAAAAAAACUUGUCCUAAUCAGUAGUUUGGUUGCAAAAUAAAAAAUACAGAAUAACACAAAACUGUGUAUUUGCUUUUUUUAACCUAUGUUUACUAGAAAGAGAACUUUACAGUUCAAAGGCUGCUACCUGUGAUAUGGAACCAGUCAGAUGGUGCUGAGGGCAGGAUGUUGUUUAGGACUACAGACAGAGAGACAGCUACAUCAGAGCCAAAGCCAUUUUAAAUGUAUUUAUUUUAUCAGCAGCCAUUUAAAACAUUUCAAGGAUGAUGAUCCCAGACAUAUUGAAUAUUUAAUCCAAUAAUCAGUUGGAGCAACAAUCAGUUCACCUCAACUUGAUACCAUCAAAGACAUUAACCAUUUCAACCAGUAAUUUGGCAUUCUUUUAGCACGUUUGGUCCUUUGUAUUUACUUUUGCCUUUGCUGCCUCUGCACCAUUAUGAUAAGGGGCUCAUGGGGUUCAGGAGAUGUAAGAGAGGUGUAAGAUAUCAUUACAUGAAUACUGUGAAUGAAUAAAUUGGACGAUUAAUUGACCUGAAUUAUUGUAAUCUGAAUUAUUCUGUGUUGUAAACACUGAGCAGAAAUACAUUUUAUCUGCAGAAAUAAUGAACCUACCUAUUCCACUUUGGUCCUUUGAUGCUGUCGAAUGCUAAAGAUGUAUUCAUUUCUACUAAAGUGACAACCACAUUCAUUACCUCAUGGAGCUGUACUGUUUGUUUUGCAUUAGUGUCUUUUCAGCUUCGAUGCGAUGACAUCUGAAUUCAUCGAGAGACAGUAUUUUACUGCAGUAGCUGGAUGACGUAACUUUACCUAAAUGUAAUCUAAAAGUGUAUUACAAUUUAUGAGUUCAUCAUUUCUUUGGUAUGUAAAU